AUGAGGGAGUGGGGGAUGACUAACCCAUCUCUGAAAGAGAUGAGUAAUCUGAACCCGCUAGAGUCUCACGAGGUUCACCUCGUGGGAGUUGUAGGGGUUUUCUGUGACCCUGAGACUUACCCUACACAGGAGGGUAUUAAAUCAUGGUCUGAACAGGGUGUCGUACCGGUCGUGGGAAUCCACCCCCGGAAGGCUCUUACCGAUAAAGGGUUCAGUAAGCUGGCGGAAGUUCUCCAAUUUCCGGAGGUAGCAGGAUUGGGGGAGAUAGGUCUUGAUCGAACUGAACCUGCUGAAAAAUGGGCUGAACAGCUCCGCAAGGUUGAGCAAGUCCUGACUUUGCUGCAACCGGAGCAUGUGCUCGUUAUUCAUUGCAGAAGUUUGACAAACCUUUCAGAUGAGUCUCUGUUAACUAUGUUUUACUUGUUACAGAGUCAUCCCUCAGUCAGUAAGGAGCAGCUGAUUCACCUUCACUGCUUUACAGGGUCUUUGGACAUAUUACAGAAAUGGUUAGAGGUGUUCCCUAACACUUAUGUUGGGUUCACAGUUAUGAUCUGCUCUAUUUUGUCAUACUGUUCUGAAGUAUGGGGCCACAAUAAGUCAAAAGAUAUUGAGCGUGUACAUAUUAGUAAGUAA